AAACACGGGUCGGCGUAGGGGGGGGCCCAGGGGGACCUUUCAGUCCUCCCAUGGAGGUAGAAUUUAUGGAGUCGACAUCAGCCCAAUUAAGUGAAUACGCCCGAGCUGUCAUUUUUGCGGCCAGGUGUAAGGUGUUGUCAGGUCAGGCUCCCUCUUAAUGGGCUCGCCCAGGGAAGGCUUCACCUCAAUGAAUGGGAUUAGCGGGCCGUGUCGACUCCACCAAUUCUACCUCCAUGAGUCCGCCACACCGGGCCUGUCACAAGCUGGGCGUGCAUCGCCAACAAGGACCCUUCCGUUUAGAGCAAGGCAAGGUACUACUGGCAGACACACCACACCCCAAGGACUCCUCGCCACACCCCAGCACGGUCCCUUCGGACUGGAAAAACACCAUCCAAUGCAGCAGUGAUCGUAGACCCUAAAAGGGCCUAAAUAUUCUUGUCACAACUCAGCAAAACAAAAAGAGCCACUGGCAAGCUAGAACCUGCAGCCUCCUGCCCCUGCCUUCUCCAGAACAGCCACAGUAAGAACAGAAGAGGCACAGAAAAGAUAAAGAAAACCAGCAGUGUGAGGCAGCAUGGCUUUCUCUGUGGUCCUGGAGGAUGAGGGUCACACUGUCUGCCGCCUGCUGCUGUUCACAGAUGUGACAAAUGCUGCCGAGGUGCGCAAGUUGAUCCUGAGUGGCCAGGUGGAGGCCAGCCUCGUCAAGCCCCAGAUGGUGGUGGAGCCUUUCCAGCUGGUGGUGGCGGCCAACCGGGCGGUGCGGGCGCAGGCGGCCAACAAGAUGACCACACGAUCUCUCUACUCGGAGGUCAUAUUCAACCUCUCCACCAAAAAAAAUGUCGGCAAUGCCCUCAAGACCUUUGGGCUCGGGGAAGCGGACACGGAGACACUGGCGGUGGUGCUGGGGAGUGAGGGAGAGGUGGACGCCAGAGUGGAGAAGAUCACCGGACAAGUCAAGGGAAAGACAACGGCCCUCUCUGAGCUGAGCGGCCUGACUCAAGAGGCUCAGGUGAGGGAGCUGUACAAGGUUACGGAGGAGGAACUGGUCACAGGGAGUCUUCUGGAGGCAGUGGUGUCCCGCAUGGCUUGCAGAGACUUCCUGAGCUUGUGAGGGAGUGUGUGUGCCUAUGCCAUGGUCUGACCACAUGGAAUUCACAUGGGGAGGCGGUGGCUGAAUGGAUAGCGUGACAGUGACGGCGUCGCGUUCAGGAGGACGUGAGUUCAAUCCCCGCCCGGUGCCAUCAAGCUGGGAUUUUUCAGCCACCGCCAAGUGGCUUAAAACUACCCACAUGCUGUCCAGAAGACCACCUAUCAACCUGGACUCCAAGGCAAGAUGGCGCCACUAUAAACACUCGCCUGCACCAGAACGGGCUGGGCCAACCAUCAGGCCCCACCAGGAAGAAGCCUUAGGGUGAAUAAGUUGUGAGUUGCAUCUAGCACACACAAAUUUAAACUAUUGUUGAAUUUGAUAAUUAAUUGAACUAUUCCCUGUUGGUUCUAGAGUGAAACCAAAUUGUCAAGUCCGUUUGGGCAUUGGCGGGUCCUUUCCUGCCCUCUGCUCUGCCACACAGUCCCAACACCUAUCUCUUCCUCUCAUAUGUAAGGUAAAGGUAACAUAUGAUAGGAAAAAAUAGGUGUUGGGACUGUGUGGCAGAGCAGAGGGGAGAAAUGGACCCGCAGGAGCCUACGCCCAUAUGGACUCCACAAUUUGGUUGGACUUUAGGUCAUUCUUGGGUCAAUUUAUAAAUAGAGAGACCUGUUUCUUGCCAUCCCUCAGGCACCUCGUCCUGCUCAAUUUCUUACUGUGACCUCUUGUUUUCUAGUGACCUAAUAAACAUGUUGCCCAC